GUAGUUAAACGCAUAACGAUUGUGUUUAGCAGCAGCAGUGUUCAGUUUUCUCGAAUUGUUAUAACAUCGUUUAUUAUUUUUGACAGAAGUCGAUGUUGCUAAUUAUUGUCGGUCUGUUCGUUUCUCUGAUAAUACUUUUAUUGCAUUUUAAUCGCAAUAACGACUGCUUGGAUUUUGAUACAACUUGGACGAUGGUACACAAUUGGCCCAUAAUAGAGUCAGAUGGCAUCAUGUCUACCCCCCCGACAGACUCUAGACAGCCACCAGAUGGUCACGAGUUUCCGGAUUUCAUCGAAGACACCGACAUUUCGAACAACUAUUUUAAAGAGACGAAGAGAGAACCCACGUUCACCACCUUCACGGCCGAGUAUAAACAUCCCCAGGCCGCGAAACUAGUAGAAGACUCGCCAACCAACACCACGAAUUUAACGCAAGUCGGAAGCGCCUCGAAUACAGAUCUACGUGCUAAGCUGUAUGAUUCCAGCGAAAACGUCAGUUCAGAUGAUUCCAUACCUGAUCCAGUCUACCUGCACAGGAGGUCGCAGAGCUUGAUUAAUAUGUCAACAUUGUCCAAGGAGAAAAAUGCCAAGUGGAAUCAACUAAUUGAACAGCGAAAACGGGGUAUCUCAAAAUUGAAAGGCCUUGUGAUUCCGGAGGCAAGUGAAAGCGAUGUUCCAGCUGUGAAUUCUUCUGUAAACAUACCCGAAAUCAAAAGCCACACAGCAAGUCUUGUACAAGUGCCAAAAGAAACGAAUUGUGCCAGCAGUCCACAGAAGGUGUUCACAGAUAAUACUGACCUCGGCGAUCCAUUGAAGUAUUCCAUACUUACGCCACCCUGGUCGGCUGACAGUCCUAGCAACAUACCCAAGUACUCUCCUGCGUUCAAGAGGAAAAGUCUACAGGUGUAUCCCAAAAUGGUAACUAACGAAACGUACGAAUUUGUGCCUGAAUAUUGUGAUAAGUCGAGUCCGAACCCUUGCCCAAGGAAACAAAGUGAUGAAGAUAUUAAUCCGCCUAAAUCUUUAGAAAGCAUCUCCUCGCCGACUAGAUCAGACUGCAGUUUCGAUUAUACUUGCUUCCAGAAGAAAACUGGUGAUAAAAAUGGCGAUUCCACUCAGAAGAGCAUCAAAGAAGAUGAAAGUGAUAACGAUUCGGCGGUUAGCUCCAGUCAGUUCAGCUACAAUUCCAGGUUUUCUCCUCCACCGUCUCCUACAAAAUCUUGCGAAGAUAGUUUCUUGAAAAGGUCUGACGACGAUGAUAGCAACGGCCCAAACAGAUUACUGAAACCGUUUAGCAUAGAAGCUAUUAACAGAAAGAAUAUACUAGCCUCUGCAAAAUGCAGAAGCGGCAAAGAUUUCAAAAUCGGAUCGCCAGUGAUAAAAAGGAAGACGGAAGAGGCUGAAACUGGUUCUGUUGAAGGAACUACUGAGACACCACCCGAUAAGCCGCCUGAUGAUGAACCAACUGAGACUGAGCCAGUUGAACUGGUUGAAACUGUCGAUACUGCUGAAGCAAUUGAAGCUGUUGAAUCAAUUGAACAGCCUAUCGAACCGGUGGAAAAAGAAGUUAAAAUCGCCACCGAGACUGAAAAAGUGAUCGAUAUUCAAAAACCUGUAGAAGUGAAGCUGCUGCAAAAUAAGGUUAAGGAGGUUAAACAAGUUGAACCGAAAACACCAGUCGUUGAAAACGCGAAAAUUUCAUAUUCAAGACCAAUUUCGAGGAGCUCUUUGGACCUGAGAAGUCCGAAUGUCGUAAACGACGAUAGAAAAAACAGAUUCGCGAAAGACUUGUACGGUUCCAGUAGCAUUCUGAAUCGCAAUCACAAGCCUAUCAACGUGAAAGUACUUAUGGAGAACUUCGAAAACUUUGGUUCUGCACCACCUCCUAUGCCUCAUAAAGUUCCAAACUACAAACUGCCUGUAGUCAAAAAGAGUAUCAGAGCUGAAGUGUCUACUAUUGAACACGAUACUCCUUCUAGUCCACAAACCAGUUCUGAUAUAAAGAAGGCCAAGUCGGUGGAGAACAUCAAACCCAGCGAAGUGAAAGCGAAGAAACUUUUUGAAAGAGGCCUGGUUGAUAAGGUGGAGAAAUUUGAAAGAGCAAGUUGUCAAGACACAAAUGUCAUUACGAUGGUUCUCACACUUGACAGUCUUGAAAGUAAUUUAGGAGUAGCUUUAACUGGAGGAGCAGAUGAACAUAAGGAAAUCACUGUCCACCGUAUUCGUUACGGUAGUGUAGCGUAUUCUGAUGGAAGACUGAAAAAGGGAGAUAAGAUCUUGGCCAUUAAUGGUAAAUCCACCAAAGGGCUAACUCUUGCAGAGGCAACAGAACUGCUAAAGGAGAAGACUAAGAAAUUUGUUUUCCAAGUAAGAGAGGGUAUCGAAUCAGUGCCAUCUAGUGGACUUUCUAGAAGGUCAUCAUCUGUAUCAUCCAUUUACAGUCUGCCAGAAGCUACAGGUCCCCAUGUAGAAGCUAUCACGAAAAAGCCGACGAAUGUCAUAAGUUUCUUAAAAGACGAUUCUGGAUUUGGGUUCAGCAUCGAGGGUGGAAAAGAUCCUUUCAAAGGUGAUAUGCCACUCAUUGUCAAGAAAAUAUUCACUGGCGGAGCAGCAGACAAGAAUGGUGAACUGAAAGUUGGUGAUGAGAUAAUAUACAUCAAUGAUGUGAAUGUAUCCCAUCAAAGCAAAAUGGAGGCUUGGAAUGCAAUGAAAAAGAUUCCAAAUGGAGUUGUUAAUAUUCAUGUCUACCGAUAAGCAUUUCUAAGCAUUUACUUAAAAAUAUUACCAAAAUAUUCCUUUUUUUGCAGUUAUGUGUAAUCAUAUUUAAUGUUUAUAGUUAAAAGUUGGAAGCUUUAUAUGUAAUUAAUAUUGAAAUGUAUUUAUGAUGUAAAUAAUGUUUACCUAAUAUAUUAUUUUUUAUUUUCCA